AUGUAUCUUCCUAUUAUAUCAUCAAAAUUGACGUGUAAUCAUGAGACAGAUAUAUACAAUAAAGUAAAUGAAUUAAAUUUAUAUUAUUCUAAUGGUAUAACAAUAUUAAACAUAACAGAUACAAUAGAAAAAUUUUCAAAUAUUUCAUUAUUAAAUAUACAUGUAGAUAAUUCAGAAUCAUUAUCAUCAAAUAACUGUCAUUUUAUAUCAAUACCAUUGUAUACUUUAUCAUUAUCAUUAAAAUAUUUAUAUAUUGAUCAAAGAUUUGUAAAUCCAAAACUACUUCAUUCUGUAUUUUCAAUUGCACCAAAUAUUCAAUAUUUAGAAAUUGAUUACGAUCAACUUAUAAAAAUUACUCAUCAUUUUUAUGAUCAUAUAUUAUGUUCAUAUUUAAAGAAAAUAAUCAAACUUUCUAUUAAAAUGAAUUCAUUAUCAGAAAUAAAAUUUGAAAAAUUAUGUCGAACAUUUUCAAAUAUACAACAAUUACAAUUUAAUUUAGAAUAUAAUCUACAAUAUGUUAUUAAUUAUAUUCCUAUAAUAAUACAAAUGAUAUUGAACAAUAUGGAACAUAUUAAAUUGAUUAAAAUUCAAUUUUAUGAUUAUUUUACGGAUUAUUCGAAUGAUACAAUUGAAUGA